CGAGAAUACAAGGAGCGCUACAUGCCCUCCACCUCAUCUUCUCAUGACUAGAAAGACUCUUUUCUACUUGCCUGGAGGUAGUCAUGCACACGUUUAGCCGCGACUGGUGUGCAGAUGCAAUUGUUGACCAUGGAGGUUGUGCUGGUUGACACAUCCUCCAGUGCCUCCCCACAUACCACAACCCUUGCAACGAUAUAGUGUUGCGACACUAAACGAUCAAAAACGAAAAAGAUGGAUUCUCAAAAUAAAAAAGGAGAGCCCACAUCCUCGGAUGCGGAAGGUCCCAGGCCUGCCCUACCUCCUCGGCCGAGCGAGUUGAGCCUUAUCUCUACAAGACCAACAAUAGGGAACCUCUCACGCCCACCUACGCGGGCUGGGUUGACUGCAGGCGCGACCACGGCAGUCUCUAUGACCGAUGUCAACAGCUUGAAUCGUCCAGAUGGUACCCAACAAAUGCGCAUGGGCCUUUCGCGAGUUUCCUCAAGUCUCUCAAUUCGACCUUCGAUGAGCAAUAAAACCAGCGACACCGGAGAAGACGCUUCUAGCAUUCGGAGUUUUGCACCAUUCGGCCGAUUUGUCGCCGACACCGAGAGUCUGUUUGAUGGGGAGCUACAGGAGGAAGCAGAAAACCCAUCGUCUCGAAGUUCUGCCAUGCUAUUUGAGGACGACUCUAACGACGAUUACGACGAAGGCGAUGUUGAUUUCGAGAAAGAGUUUGAAAGUGUGGAUGAUACCACGGACGAGGAAAAUGCUCAUUGGUUGUGGAAGUCGAAGAAGAAGCACUUUAUCAUUCUCUCCGCAGCAGGCAAACCAAUCUAUACUAGACAUGGGUCGGACGCCAUCAUAUCCAGUUACGUCGGCAUAAUCCAGACCAUCAUAUCUUCCUACAUGGGGAAUGACGACAACUUGAAGAGCUUCCACGCGGGCGGCGUACAAUUCGUUAUUUUGUCACAAACCAACUUACACUUGGUUGGCAUAACCAGCCUGCCAGAGAGUGAGGCACAAGUUCGGGUACAAUUGGAAGCCUUAUAUAUGCAGAUUCUGUCCACUCUGACUCUUCCAACUCUCACACACAUUUUCUCCGUUCGCCCAUCAAGCGAUCUCAGGAGACCACUUCAAGGAACAGAGGUCUUACUGUCUUCAUUGGCCGAUAGUUUCACUCGAGGAUCCCCCUCAGCCUUGCUGUCUGCGCUUGAGUGCCUAAAAAUCCGAAAAUCUCAUCGCAGCAUCAUCAAUAGCACUAUGAUCAAGGCUCGGGUCGAUGGCUUAUUGUAUGGCCUGGUGGUGGCGGGCGGGAGACUUGUCAGCGUCAUCCGACCCAAGAAGCACUCCUUACACCCGAGCGAUUUACAACUCAUCUUCAACAUGAUCUUCGAGGCGGAAGGAAUCAAGGCUGGGGGAGGCGAAUCCUGGGUACCGAUAUGUCUACCUGGGUUCAACAAUACAGGCUACCUCUACAUGUACGUCAGCUUUCUGGACAUGGCCGGUGAUAGCGCCCGAGAGCUCGAUAACAACGAACGCAUUUCCAAGGAUGACUCGGUGGCAAUCAUUCUUUUGAGUACAAACAAAGAAAGUUUUGAGGAGUUACAAACCAUGAAGACGUAUCUGGUGCAAGAAUUCCGUCGCAACCACAGCAUGCAAAUUAUUCAGCAAGCCGUUCAAGCGGGACGGCCCAGCCCCACAGAUAUCAUUGCAGGAACUGUUCUACGGCAUUUCUUGUACAAAUCCAAGGGGAACGUGCAAUUUUUCAUGCCUUCAUAUUCGCCGAAUUUCGAGAGUCUGAAACAGCGCCGCCGCCUUAUGUCAGUCUAUUCCAAAUUACACGCAAGUAUUCACGCCAAACAUGCAGCUGUCAAAGUACACCACUGUGUUCUUACGACGGCCACGGCCCUGGCAUGGGUCACACCAAUGUUUGAAUUAUACUGUGUGGCAGGACCGGCGACGUCUCGGAAUGCACUGGCUCAAAGUGCCAACAAAGUGGUGCAAUGGAUUCAAAAGGAAGAGGAAAGAAUUUUUCUCAUUGGCGGUGCAGUGUUUUGAACUACUCAAGGGACUAGGAGUUCUCGACGAUCAGUCAGUCAGCGACUCCUAGCCACGGAAUUCAAGACCUGCUGUACCAAGGUCGCAUCUCUGUCCACGUCCACCCGCCAGUUGCUCACGGCUAUGCGUGCUGCGGGCUCGCCGUCCCAGACGGUUCCACUGACGUAGAUGCGCCCAUCGGCAUUUACCAUUUUCACUAAAGACUUGUUGACCUCUGGAUCCGUUGCGCGGAAGAGCACGAUGAUGUAUGUCUUGUUUAUAAUGUCAGCUUUGUCCAGUCCGCCCGGCAAGACCUGGAAACGAUCGUCUCUCAGCAGCCACUCAGUUAUCCGGCGAGCCAGGUUGAUUUGUCGCUUCAACAUGGCGACAUGAGAUUGUCGACCAUACGCUUUGACGGUAGCAUAGACUGGCAAGGCUCGGAAACGUCGAGAAUUCUCAAGGCCAAUAUUUCCUGGAGAUUGGAUUCCGUCGUCUGGGCCCAAACCACUGGUCAAGUACGCAGCGUUGCCGUUGCGAAAGACAUGUUCGCUCAGGGAUUUGUGACGGGUAAAGAAAAUCCCACAGUCAUAGGGGACAUUCAACAACUUGUGGCAGUCGCCUGUAAUUGAGUCUGCCAAGUCGAGUCCCUCGAGACUGCGAGCAACAUGGGAAUAGUCGGGAUCAUCGUUGGUGAAGAGCCUUCCAAAAAGACCGAAAGCACCAUCGACAUGGAUCCACACAUGAUUUUGAGAGCAAAUAUGCCUGAUUUCCUUCAUAUUAGCGCCAGAAUAUGUGGCAAAUCGGCCCGUAUUGACCUCGCCGGCGGAGAUUGCCAGAAUAUUCAACGUGUCUUUCUUCUCCACCUCGGCCUUGAGCUUUUCUAAAUCGAUUUGCAGAGGAUCGUCGUGAGUAGCGAUGGACACAACGUUUCUCCUACCAAUGCCCACUACACUAGCAGCCUUAGCAAUGGUUGAAUGCGGAAGUGUGCUCAAGACUUGGAUUUUCUUAACGCCAGCCAGAUCCAUCACUUCAAAGAGGCCAUACUCCCCGACACUCGCGUCGGCCAACGCAACACCCUUUGUCUCGAGAGCUUUGCGCAGGACAAACUCCCUUCCUAGUGCCAAGCCCAAGAUGUUGCUGCCAGUGGCACCUGUUGUAAAAGUGGCGCCCCCUGAGCCUGGCCCACCAACCUCCCAAGCUUCUCUAGGUGAGAGCCUGAAGAAAUCCAAAGCCAAGGCGUUCAAGGCUUGGACCUCGAUGGCGGUGCAGAGGGUGUCAUUGGGUAGAUGCAUGAAUACGUUCUGGUCGUAUAUGGAGGCGAUAAAGUCACCCAGCAGUGCUGCGGGAGUGACUCCACCGACAACGAAACCAUAGUAGUUGGGAGACAGUGACUGGCUAUUGAGAUAAGGGAGAAUAUGUUCGAUCAGAUGAGACUUAAGACUUUGUAAGGAGUUGUCAUGCUCGGUCGGUUGGGUGCUGUCGACCAGGGCGAGGGUGUCGAGUGGUGGAAAAUUGAUGGGCAGGAUGGGCCGGGUAGACUUCUUGGUAGACACAGAAGAUGUUUCUUGACCCUGUUGAACAGCAUCUUCCGAUGAGGGUAGCCCUGGCGUCUGCAUAAUUUCUUGCAAGACUGAUACCACGUCGGUCAGACUCAUAGUUUGGUCCAUAGCUAAUCAUAAGACUGGA